AUGACCUGGCAGGACUCAGGCGAUGUCCUUCAGGGCAUCAUGGUCGGCUCAGACACUCACCCACCAACCCUAACCAUGGGCGAUUCAGCCUCAAACCCACUACUCGACCUCCACCUAAACACAGACCUCUCUUCUCUUGAGGCUCACCCUCAAACUCACCACUUCCUGGGCCAGUGGUCCUCCUCAUCCACAGAACAAAACUUCUACUACCCCCAUCACUACCCCUCCCGACUCAACGGCGCCCAAGAUGCCUGGAAUCCACUCCAAGUCACCGGCGUUCCAGCGUCCGGGAUGUCUCAUCUCAACGUCUCACCGGGGGGCGAUGACUAUGCCUUCCACAAACCCCACUACCGCACCCCGUCCGACAGCGGGAGUCAGUAUAUGGGCAGUUUGAUCUCGGGGGACUCUGGGUAUGCUAGUAACAAUGUCGCUUCUUCUUAUGGCAUGGACUCGAGUCCACAUAUGAGUGCGAAGGAACAUGGGUUUAAGUUUGGUGAGGCUCUUGCCAUGUAUGAUCAGCAACAGCCUGGGAUGGGAGUCGGAAAUAUGUUUAUGAAGGAUGAUCUUUCUUCGCUAUCGCUUGAAUCGGUUAAGUGUGACCAUCCUGCUUGCGAGUGGAUUGGAAAAUGUCCUUCUGAUAAGAGGAAACACGAAGCACGCCACCGGAAGUCCUUCAAAUGCGACGAGCCUAACUGUCCCCGGAAAGAGGGCUUCGGCACCAUCAACGACCUCGCCCGCCACAAGAAAUGCGUUCAUAAUAAAGAACCCGAGCGAGGUCCCAAGAUGAUGUAUCUCUGCUUCGGAAAGAACUGCCCCCGCCCCAACAAGCGCUGGCCUCGUCUGGAUAACUUCAAGCAACAUCUGAGCCGCAUGCACCACGAAGAAGACGCCGAUGCACUACUCAAGCAGUCUAUGGAUUGGUACGAGAGUGUGACAGAUAUGAUGUCCACGCAUUCCGGUGAUCUGGAUGCCGAUGGGGAUAUGGGCGAGUCGUAUUGCAGUUAUGAAGCCGUAGAUUUCUCAUCUCGAGAUCCGACGCCGAAACCGAUCCCGUUCCAGACCUCCCACGAAGUCUCUCCCCAACAACAGUUCUUGUCCCCGCCACACAUCGACAACCGCAUCGAGCGCACCGCCAACCCAGAAACAUUCGUCUCCGACGCCGCAGAAAACCUAAUCACCGCCAUGACCAAGAAAAUCAACAAUCGCCGCCAACAAAGCACCAGCGACGAAGGCAUCGAUCUCUCUGACAACCCCAACCUCUCCCCACCCCAACGCCAAAUGCUCCAGAAAGUCCUCCUCGCAGCCCUCGACCGAUUAUCAGACGACUCAGUCCCACCCACCCAAAUCCCCACCCCCGCCCCAGCCCCAGUCCCCUCCGAACUAAAACAAGACGGCUUCCAAUGCGAUAUCUGCCCAAAACGAACCCGCCUCCGCUGCGAAAUGAAAAAGCACCAAAAACGCCACGAAAGACCCUACGGUUGCACAUUCCCCCACUGCGCAAAGUCCUUCGGCAGCAAAGCAGACUGGAAACGCCACGAGAGUUCCCAACACCUACACAUCGCCAGCUGGCUAUGUUCACACGAAGACGACGAAAGCUGCGGCCGGAUCUUCUACCGCGAGGAAACUUACAUCCAACACCUGACCCAGACGCACCGCACGCCUAAGACGAGGUUAAAGCCCGUCUUGCAGUCCACUCGGCUUGAUUUGGCGGAUCGGUCGCGGUUCUGGUGUGGGCUUUGCGUGAAGGAGGUACCGUUGAUGGGUGGGGUUGUGGGGGCUGCGGCGUUGGAUGAGAGGUUUAAUCAUAUUGAUGUUGAGCAUUUUAAGAAGGGGGAGCGAGGGGGGGGAUUGGCGGUUUCCGACUCUAGGUUUGACGGCCUGUGGGCGGGGUGA